ACAUCUAGUAGAUUUCUACUUUUUUGGUAGAUUUGCACCCUUUUUCAGAAAAUUUUAGUAGGCACAUUUUCUUCAGUAGAUUUUGGUAGAUUUUAAUACAUAACUUUCAAUAAUGUGAAAAUGCCAUUAACAAUAUAAUUACUAUAAAAAAUAAUUGAAUCCAGCAUUUACUUUAAUUUCUAUGUUGGUAGACGUGUAACUAAUUUGAUAUUUUUAUUCAUUUGGAUGCUUCGCCUGCGUUUUUGUCGGUGAUUCCCCCUCAUGCUUUAUAGUUUCACCGUUGUAUUUCCCCGACAAGUGACAACUGUGUAAAAUUGCUUUUUUCGUGAAAGUGAAAAUUAUGAAGCGAGCUUAUGAGCAAUCCUAUCGGACAGAAUGGGAACAGAACCCAUUAUUUUCUACUUGGCUGUGUAAAGCACAGGAUGGAUGUAGUGCCCAUUGCAAAGCAUGCAAUGUUAGAAUUUUAUCCAGGAUGGCUUCUCUAAAAGAACAUAAUACUUCCGCGAAACAUAAGAAGAAUAUGAUUGGAUUUACUGGAAGCUCUAAGAUUGAUAAAUUAUUGAAAACUAGCUCAGUUUCGGAUGGAAUGAAAAAAGCAGAAAUUAAAAUAGUGUCUGUGCUUGUGGAGCAUAAUGUACCAUUUCAUGUGAUGGAUCAUCUAAGCGAUGUCAUCAAAGAUGCUUUUCCUGACUCAGAGAUUGCAAGAAAAUUUUCCUGUAAAAGAACAAAAUCAUCUGCAAUAGCCUAUAAUGUUUUAGGAGGACACUUUGAAGAAAAAUUAAUACAAGAUUUGAAGUCGGGACUUUCAACUUUUUCAGUAAUCAUUGAUGAGAGUACCGACGUAAGUACAAAAAAGGUUCUUGCCAUCGCAAUUAAGUUUUAUUCAGAGAGAAAUGCCUGUGUGAAGACCAGAUUUUUGUGUACAGUAGAUAUACAAGGAGAGUCUGCCCUAGACCUUUUUAAUGCACUUAACAGUGCCUUAGAAGAAAAAGGACUUAACAUGAAAAAUCAACUAUUGGGUUUUGCAGCUGACACCACAAAUGUCAUGUUUGGAGAUAACAAUGGCAUUGUUGCUAAAAUACGUGAAAUAAAUCCCAACUGCAUAUUUGUUAAAUGCGUUUGCCAUUCGGUAGCAUUAGCUGUAAGCCAUGCUUGUAAAGUUCUUCCACGAUCAUUAGAACAGCUUGUUAAAGAUGUCUAUAAUUACUUUUCCCAGAGUAGCAAGCGCCAAAGAGAAUUUCAAGAAUUUCAAGAAUUUACUGCUUCAGAAAAACAUAAAAUUUUAAGACACUAUGACAUAAGGUGGCUAUCUUUACACAAUUGUGUAAAUAGAAUUCUAGAGUAAUGGAUACCCUUGAAACUGUUUUUCCAAGGGCAAUACUUGACAGACAAACAGCAAAAUGUUUCUUGUGAGUUUUUAUAUAAUUCAUUUAAUGAUAAUUUAAUUUUACUCUAUUUCUAUUUUCUUGAUUUUGUUUUACCUAUAGUUAAUAAAUUUAACAUCAUUUUUCAAGGAGACUAUCCAGUUACUCACACAUUUUUUAAAGACAUGUCGAGUUUCUUUAGGUCAAUUUUAAGUUGCUUUAUGAAAAGUACUUAUGUUAAGGCUACUAAUCUCUCUGAUUUGGAUCCUGAUGCCUCAAUGCACUACUUACCUCUUAACGAGAUGUACUUAGGAGUGAAUGUUGCAAAAAAUCUGUAUAAAAUACAGGGAAAUCAAACAAUUGCUCAUGACUUUUUUAAACGAUGUCAGCUUUUUUUUAUUAAUUUGAGUAAUCAAUUAAAAUCUAGAUUGCCCUUAGAUAAAGAAUUGUUUAAAGAACUACAAUUUUUAGAUCCUCAGGUAGUUGUAUACCAAGAGUUUUCUAGUCUCAUAAAUCUUCUUUCAAAGUUUCCGAAUAUAGUACCAGAAGAAGUUAUUCAAGACAUUGAUAAUGAAUACAGGGAAAUGAAACUAGAUUUAGAUGUAUCUAACUUGCUUUCUAGCGGUAGCAGCAAUAUAAAUAAUUCCUUCAAUGUUGAAGAAUUUUGGCAUAAAAUAAGCUGUUUAAAGGACAACAAUAAUAAACUUAAAUACGAAAAUAUUUCCAAAUUCGCAAAACAAAUGCUUUCUUUGCCUGUGUCGAAUGUAAAAUGUGAAAGGAUUUUCUCCGAAUUCAAUCGAAUCAAAACCGACGAUCGAAACAAAUUUCAUAACAAAAACGUUUCUGCGUUAAUUCAUGCCAAAGAGGGUCUGAGAGAUGUUGGGUCUUGCCCAAAUUUUCAACCCGAUGUAAGAAUGAUAAAGUUAAUGGACGAUAAAACUUUAUAUAAAAAUCUGAAGUAUAAAGAUGACGAAAUUUAAUUCUUUUAUUUCUGGUUUUAAGAACAAAAUGUUUGUUUAAAAAAUAAGAUGAGAGUCAGUUCCGUUUUCUUUGUUGUGCUCGUUUUGAAAUUUAUAUGUUUAGGUUUAGUCAAUAAAUAAAUAAAUAAUUAAACCAA